UAUGAACAUGAUUUCAAGUGACUUAAUAUUAUUUUGUGCAGUUGGACAACAAAAUGAUGCUCUUUCUAGUCUCUGUAGCCUUUCCAAUUUUGCUUAUUUUUCUUCUUCAUAAAGCUAAAAAGAGUGGGAAAAGAAAUCUGCCACCAGGUCCUAUAGGCCUUCCAUUUAUUGGAAAUUUGCAUCAAUAUGAUAGUUUGACUCCUCAUCUAUAUUUUUGGAAACUUUCCAAAAAAUAUGGGAAAAUCUUUUCAUUGAAACUUGGUUCUGCCACUAUGGUUGUAGUUUCUUCAGCAAAAUUAGCAAAAGAAGUAUUGAAGACACAAGAUUUAAUAUUUUGUAGUAGACCUUCUCUUCUUGGCCAGCAAAAAUUGUCUUACAAUGGUCAUGAUAUUGCCUUUGCACCUUAUAAUGACUAUUGGAGAGAAAUGAGAAAAAUUUGUGUGCUUCAAUUAUUUAGUCUCAAGAAAGUGCAAUUAUUUAGUCCAAUUCGUGAAGAUGAAGUCUCGAGAAUGAUCAAAAAAAUAUCUCAACAAGCUGCGUCUUCUCAAAUUACAAAUUUAAGCAAUUUAAUGAUUUCAUUAACAAGUACAAUUAUUUGUAGAGUUGCUUUUGGUGUUAGGUUUGAUGAAGAAGCACAUGAAAGAAAGAGAUUUGAUUAUCUUUUAGCUGAGGCUCAAGCUAUGAUGGCUACCUUUUUUGUGUCUGAUUUUUUUCCUUCUUUAAGUUGGAUCGAUAAAUUUACUGGAUUGACAGAUAGACUUGACAGAAAUUUCAAGGAUUUGAAUGAGUUUUAUGAAGAACUCAUUGAACAGCAUCACAAUCCCAAUAGGCCAAAAUCCAUGGAAGGAGAUAUUGUUGAUCUAUUGCUUCAAUUGAAGAAAGAGCAAUCUACACCAAUUGAUCUCACUUUGGAGGACAUAAAAGGACUUCUAAUGAAUGUGUUAGUUGCUGGAUCAGACACUAGUGCAGCUGUAGUAGUAUGGGCAAUGACAGCCUUGAUGAAGAAUCCAAAAACCAUGAAGAAAGUCCAACAAGAAAUUAGAAAAUCAAUUGGGACCAAAGGCAUUGUGAAUGAAGAUGAUAUCCCAAAUAUGUUUUAUCUCAAAGCAGUAAUAAAAGAGACAUUUAGAUUAUAUCCACCAGAUCCACUAUUAAUACCAAGGGAAUCAAUGAAAAAAUCCACACUAGAAGGGUAUGAAAUUCAGUCAGGAACUAUAGUACAUAUUAAUGCAUGGGCAAUUGCAAGGGAUCCUGAACUAUGGGAAAAUCCAAAAGAAUUUAUACCUGAGAGAUUCUUGAAUAGCGAUAUUGAUUUCAAGAAAGAAGACUAUGAGUUAAUUCCAUUUGGAGCAGGUCGAAGAGGUUGCCCGGGGAUCACACUUGGGAUUACAGCCAUAGAACUUGCAUUAUCAAAUCUUCUUUAUGCAUUUGAUUGGGAGUUACCUUGUGGAUUGAAAAAAGAAGACAUUGACACAAAUGUUAGGCAUGGAAUCACCAUGCAUAAGAAAAAUGAUCUUUGCCUUAUCCCUAAAACAUAUUUCUAAAUACACUUCAACAAUGAUUUAGGGCGAGUUAUCUUUGUUUUCGACUCGAAUUAUGUGUACAUAUUUUAAAUAUUGUGAAUUAAUAUAAUAAAAUCGUCCUCAUUUCACCUUCUUCA